AUGGCAGACGAGGUAGUAGCGCGAGAAAUGGAGGAGGAGCCGUGGGUGAAGCUUAUCCAGGAGUCCCUUACCGUGAAGGACGAGGAAGAAGACGUAGACAUCCACGUUUCCGUGUUCGACGUGCCCAGGCAGCUGCAGGUGCACAAGCCGGAGGCCUACUGCCCCCAGUUCAUCGGCCUGGGCCCCUACCACCACCGGCACCCCGAGCUGUACGGCAUGGAGCGGUACAAGAUCGACGCCGCCCGGCGCGCGCUCAGGCGCCUCCUCCGCGCAGCAGCUGCGCCCAGCGUCGACGUCCUCGAGGAGCUGGUCGACGAGCUCGAGCGCCACGACCUCACGGUCCGCGCCCAUUACCACCGCUACCUCGAGCUGAGCAAGAAGGCGCUCUCGCUGAUGAUGAUCAUGGACGGCGCCUUCCUGCUCGAGUUCCUCACCAUCCACCACCACCACGCUGUUGCCGAGGGUGAGGAGGGGGGCUCUUCGAUUUGGACCAAGAGGAUGGCGCACCUCGUGGACUUGGGCGGGAGCGGGACCGGGAGGAAGUCCGCGCACGGCCUCAUUCUCCGCGACAUGCUCAUGCUCGAGAACCAGAUCCCGCUCUUCGUCCUCACCAUGAUCAAGGCCAAGUGCUCGUCGGUAUCAGUCGACGAGGCAAGCAGGCGGCUCACUCUCAUGGUAGCAGGCCUCAUGAAGGAGCUUUGCCCGUUUAAGAUGGAGGGCAACUUCCCCGAGACCUCAUGCGACGUCACCAAGCACGCACACUUGCUUGAGCUGCUCUACCAACUGGUGGUGCCGGCGGUGCCCACGUCCACCGACACUACUGAGAACGCACACACCACCCCGCCGUUUUCCGGCCACAUCGUGGAGAUGCCGGAACAGGAAAGCCAGGAGGAGAAACCUUCCGCCUGCACCGGCAACGAGCACGCGAUGAUGCAACUGUUCGAGUUCAUCGCGUUGAAGCUCAAGGGUGGUCGCCUUGGCAAGGUGAUGAAGCCGAUCGAGCUUGUGGUCAAGGCGCCGUGGAACAAGCUUGCCGGUAUACCCGGUAUGAAUGUCGAGUCCUUCAUGCACGCCGACGCCAACCAGCAGGAGAUCACGAUCCCAUCGGUGUCGGAGCUGGUUAGCUCCGGUGUUAAGUUUGUGCCGACCUACGGCGAUCUGUCUACUGCGUCAACUAUCGCCUUCAACCGCAAGACAGCGACGCUCUACCUCCCCGCGGUGACCCUAGACGGCAACACGGAAGUGGUGCUCCGAAACCUGGUCGCCUACGAGUCAUCCGCCGCGUCAGGCCCGCUGGUGCUCACGCGGUACACGGAGCUCAUGAACGGCAUCAUCGACACCGACGACGACGUGGCGCUGCUCCGCAAGCGGCACGUCGUGCUCAACCACAUGAAGAAGAGGGACGGCGAGGCGGCCAAGCUGUGGAACGGCAUGAGCCGGUCGGUGCAGCACUGCAGGGUGCCAACCUUGGACAAGGUGAUCGAGGAGGUGAACCGCUACUACGACGGUCGGUGGAGUGUCAAGACGAAGCGGUUCAUGCGCAAGUACGUUCUCAGCUCAUGGAAGAUGCUCACCUUCCUCGCCACCAUUAGCAUGCUGCUGCUCACCACGGUGCAGGCCUUCUGCUCUGUCUACACAUGCUCCCGAUGGUGGUUCGGUGACCUGGUCGCCGUCGUGCCGUCGGAGUCGGAGUAG